CCGGGCGGCAGAGCAGCGCGCGCGUCAGGAGGCAGAGCGGACACCGAAGGCGACCCAGAAGGUGGAAGACGGCCGGGUUCUCAAAGGAACAGAUCAGCCACAGAUCCAGCCAUAUGCAGACACCAGAAACACCUGCAGCCCAGCUCACAAGAUCCAGGGCCGUAACAGUAACUUUGUAAAUCAGGAAAAAGAACAGACUACAUGGAGGAAGGUUUCUGCAUAUGACUUUCAAAUUCGGGUGUGAGGAGCCACAGAUCAGACAUGGAGAUCGGCGGACCACCACAGGGAGAAUUGCACCCUCAGAGAAGAGUAGUGGAAAGCUCUGGGAGAACCACGCAGCAGCCACAGUGCAGAAGCUUCCACAGGCUCGGCCCAGAGCAGAUCCAGCCAUGGACCCUGAAAUCCAAGGGCACGCCACCCCCCAGGAGAGUCCCAGCAGAGCCAGGAGGUCCAGGACCUGAGAGAGCCAUCACCCCUCUGAACACCCAGCUCUGGAGACCAAGAACCAGCAACACUCCAGUGGGCAGAGGCAGCCAGCAGCCACCAAAUGACAACACCCACUUAAGAAAAACUAUCUGUGGAAUGCAAUCUAUGAGGUUUGACAUGAUGUUUGUCUGCUGCAUUUUCCAUUUAAUAGUUUGUAUUGUCGCCACUAGGUGGCCACCUGAGUACGUCGAUACAACACAACGUCGUUCAGAUGGGGAGAGAUGUGCGUCAUUGGAAGAAAAUGCACAUCAACCCCGCUCCCAAAAAAAAAGAACAACAAAAAACAUACCAAAGGACUUGUCAAACUCCAGAGUUCCCCAGGAGAACCUGCAGGAAUCCCAUCUUGAAUCUGAGGAGAGAGCUAAAAGCUUUUGGUGACGGCAUGGAGACUUUCCCACUUCAAAGACUUGGAGCACUUUGCUAAAG